AUGGCAGCCUGUCUGCACUGGCGCUGGCUGCUCUUGCUGCUCCCUGUCAUCUUGCUCAGCUUCUGCAGCCUGCCAUCAGCCCACGAGCCAGUGACAUCCCAAGAUGCUGCACUGCUGGCAGGGGUGCCUGAGGAUAUCCUCUGCUUCUCUCGUUCCUUCGAGGACCUCACCUGCUUCUGGGAUGAGGAGGAAGAGGCAGUGAGCAGGAUGUGUCACUUCUACUACUGGUACAGCAGAGAUACACCCACGGCAUGCACGGUCUCCACGUGGCACGAGGCCAGCAGGACACGGCACGUCUGUGUAUUCCCCAGCCAGGAUGUGCGGCUCUUCACCCAGCUCCACCUCCGCGUCCUGGAUGCCACCACCAACCAGACCAAGUACUGGCGGGAGCUCAGUGUGGAUGUGGUGGGUCUCAUUGACCCCCCAGCAAACAUCACAGCCCACUGGGCUGGGUCUGCAGGGCAACUCUUCGUGUCAUGGCAGCCACCACUCACCAACUACCUGAACUUCUUCCUCUACGAGGUGCGGUGCUGCCCUGCCAGCUUCCCAGAGAUGCCCUGCAGCACUUCAGUGGAUCUCAAUGGGCAGCACCUUGGUGAUCCCUCCAGCCAGACAGCCAUCAGCAUCCAUCCACCCACAGCUGGGGCAGCCGCAGCCUCCCUGGGAGCUGGGCAGGGACUGGUCCAGGCCAACACCUGGGUAGUCCUCCGGGACCUGCAGCCAGGAGUGAGGUACCACAUCCAGGUGCGCAGCAAACCUGACGGCACCUCCAUGGAUGGCGUCUGGGGGGCCUGGUCACAAACAGUGGCUGCAGAGACACCACGCUCUGCUGGAGACAUCGGGCUGUGCUGCAGCACCCCUGACCUGCAGCAAGUACGCUGUGAGUGGAGCUGGGACCCCACAGAGCCCCACAACUCCCACCAGCUCUUCUACCGGCAGCCUUCAAGUGAGGCCAGCACAAGGGAAAAUGCAUGGCAGCUUUGCGAGGAGGUGAGCGUGGUGGCACAGGGCACCCAUGCCUGCACCUUUCAGCCCAGGGCUGGCAGUGCCAUCUCCAUCCUAGUGAAUGUCACCCGGCCCCAUGCGCCACCCACACUCAGCUACUUCAAGGAGCCCUUCUGGCUGCACCAGGCUGUGCUCACAGAUGCCCCACAGCUCAUGCAGGCAACAGUGUCACAAGGCCAGCUGAGCCUGCAGUGGCUGCCACCCCUGGAAGAACUAGCAGAGCAGCUGGACUACCAGGUCCGCUAUGCCGUGGAGAAUAGCCAUGAAUGGAAGGUCCUGCAGGUCCCACGGGCAGCCAGGAAAGAAGUCCUGGAUCUACGGCCAGGUGCCCGCUACCAUGCCCAGGUGCGGGCCCAGCCCAGUGGGCCCUGGUACCAGGGCAGCUGGAGUGCCUGGUCCAAACCUGUUGUGGUUGAUGCCAUGGCUGAUGCAGGCUGGAUCAUCCCCAGUGUUACAGUGGUGCCGCUGCUGCUCUUCAUAGGAGUGCUCCUGGGGCUGCGGUGCACUUUCCCCUCCUUCUACAGUAACGUGAAGCAGAAGCUCUGGCCCCCCGUCCCCGACUUGCACCGCGCACUCGGCAGCUUCCUCCAUGAAAGCAGCAAGCAUAGCCAGGUCAACGCCUUCUACAAGCAGCCGUCGGAGGAAGCCGUCCUGCCCUGCCUGCUGGAGGUGCUGCCCGGCCCGCAGCGGGAGGCGGGCACGCCGCCGGAGCAGGCUGCCAGCCGGAUGCCCAGUACCGACAUUGCCAACCACUCCUACCUGCUCAUGAGCGGCUGGGAGCCGCGCGGGCCGCCCUGA